AUGCAGGAUGGUGAUAAAACAAUCAUUCAAGAUUAUCUUGUAAAUGUAGAUGCUGCAGAUGAUGUUACUAUUUAUGUGGGCAAAUGUAUUGAGGAUACUGAUGGGUGGAUCAGUCGCUUUUCUGGAAACUGUGAAUCUGAACGAACUGUAGAUAUGUUUAUUGUUGGACCUUAUGCAAAAACUCCUCGUGCUAUUUUUUUAUAUGGUGAAAAUCGAUCAGUUGCUGAUAGUGAAGACAAAACUGAUCGUUCUGGAACUAGUCGUGUUGGCAAAGCAUGUGACUUUUUAUAUUUGUUACGAAAUCACAGCACAAAAAAACUUGAAAAUUAUUUAAUAGAACAAAGUGGAAAAAAUCCUCUUCCUGAGAGUUUACAGAAAGGAAUGAUGUCCAUAUUUAUACCAUUCUAUCAGAUUAUUGGAAUGAAAAUUAGAUUCUACCUCCUUUUUCAAAUAAACGGGGAUUUAUAUGGAAUAUGGGAUUGGGCCUCUGAGAUGUUUCCAGAAAAAGAUGAAAGUAUUAGAGAAAAUCUUUUGGAGUGGAUUGGAAGAAUAACAAAUAUUCUAACCGAAGAAGCCAAGGAAUUUAAACAUAAAUCUCCUGGAGGGAUUUCACAGAAAUCCAUAAAAUUAAAUCAACCACAAUCACCAUAG